AUGACCUUAAAACCAGUCAUUUCUGAGGAUAUCCUCCAGGCUUACGCUCUACGCCCUACGCCCUACUCCCUUCUCCCUACGGCCUACGCCCUACUCCCUACGCCCUACUCCUUUCUCCCUACGCCCUACUCCCUAUGCCCUUCUCCCUACUCCCUACGGCCUACGCCCUACUCCCUACGCCCUACUCCUUUCUCCCUACGCCCUACGCCCUACUCCCUAGGCCCUUCUCCCUACUCCCUACGGCCUACGCCCUACUCCCUACGCCCUACUCCCUUCUCCCUACGCCUACACCCUACGCCCUACUCCCUUCUCCCUACGCCCUACUCCCUACGACCUACUCCCUACGCCCUACUCCCUACGGCCUACGCCCUACUCCCUACGCCCUACUCCCUACGACUUACUCCCUACGCCCUACUCCCUACGGCCUACUCCCUUCUCCCUACGCCCUACUCCCUACGACCUACUCCCUACGCCCUACUCCCUACGGCCUACGCCCUACUCCCUACGCCCUACUCCCUACGGCCUACGCCCUACUCCCUACGCCCUACUCCCUACGCCCUACUCCCUUCUCCCUACUCCCUACGGCCUACACCCUACUCCCUACUCCCUUCUCCCUACGGCCUACGCCCUACUCCCUACGGCCUACGCCCUACUCCCAACGCCCUACUCCCUUCUCCCUACUCCCUACGGCCUACGCCCUACUCCCUACGCCCUACUCCCUAG